UAAAUGGUGUUACAUUCGAUGCAUUAUUUAUAAGCAAAACAUGACAUUUAUUCCGAGAAUGUACAGUGCCUGAGAGUGUGAGGGAGUGUAAAGCAUGGUAGCAUAGCUCAAGCUCCUCAGUGCUCUUAGGACUGCUGCUAUAGUGUCUAGGAAGAACAGCGUAUCCAAGGUCGAUUGAACCGAAUGAUAAAGGAGCACAGUGACUUGUUCUCUGAUUCUCAGUGUAAAGUGUGUAGCGCUGUCUUAAUCUCAGAAUCCCAGAAACUUGCACAUUACCAGAGCAAAAAACAUGAGAGCAAAGUACGCCGGUACAUGAGCAUUCAUGGUAAUGAGGAGCCCAUCGCAAAACGGUUCAAGCCUUCAGGUGAUACCAUUAAUGUCGACGAAGGGGACAAAUACAAAGCCUGCAAUGUGUGCAACAUGACAUUCUCGUCCCCAGUAGUGGCACAGUCACAUUACCAGGGCAAAGUUCACUCCAAGAACCUUCGCUUGAAGACCUUCGGUCAGCAGACUCCUGCAUUACCUCAGCCCAAAGCGCAGGUGAAGAAGGAUGAAGGGCUACCUGAAGGUGGGCAGGGGCCAGCAAAGCAGGACCCCAACCGCUUCUGCUCCAUCUGCCAGGCUUCCUUCAACAAUCCCCUCAUGGCUCAGCAGCACUACAAUGGCAAGAAACAUAAAAAACACCUGACUAAACAGAAGCUGAUGGAGACCUAUGGGCCGUCCUCUGCACCAGCCUCCACACUGAAGGGCUACCCAUGUACUGUGUGCAAUAUUGAGCUGAACUCCGUGGAGCAGUACCAGGCCCACAUCAGUGGUUCCAAACACAAGAACCACGGCAGACUCAAGAAAGGGCCAAAUGCAUUUCCCGGCCCCCCUGAGAACUACCAGCCCGAUUUCCAGUAUCCACCCAACCAGGAAGGACCAGAGGAUGCGGGGGACUGGGACAGCUUCAACGAGGGCUAUGAGUGAGAAGACGCUGUCAGACUCCGCUGCACUCUUCUCAUUUGUGACAAGCUUCCUCUGUUUAGGCACAGGUCAAUGUGUGUCUGCACUGUGCAUCUCCUAAGGCCAGCUUUUCACCACACUACAUCUCUUCCCGUCUAUUCUUGUCGCUCUCACACACAGUUGAGGGACCACAAUAAACUUCGGAAAAAAUCGAAGGCAAGGAGGCAAAACUUAAAGAGUGCUGCUUUUUUCCAGUGUUAGGAUUGUUUAUUAGUGUUAUGUUAAGUGUUUGUUUGGUUUACAAAAAUUCAUUUCCACAAUCUCCACGUACAGAUUCUGAAGGUGGUUUCGGGAGAUGUUUUGUCUAUAUGUUUGAUACUCUGACUCUUACUUGUUGCUUAUUAUUUUAAACUGCUCAAGCUCCAUGUUUUGUUAAAUGAAUGUCUGUGAAGUUCAAAGCUGUUGAAUUUGAUAGUGUGCAACGUUUGGAAAGUUAGUUUUUUGGGGAGCUUAGAGUGCUUUAUUUCUGAUUUUCUGUCAAUUUUGAAAGAAAAAAAAAAAGAAUUUUUAGCCAAUUUUAGUGAUUUACUCUGUUUGUUCUAGGCUGGACAUUAGUUGUCUUUCAUUUCUCAUGGCUCCUUUCCAUUUCCACGUAAACGUAAAUCUUUAAGUAGGAAGUCUACUGUAAUUUCAUACACUUACUAGAGAUUUAAGUUGUUAAAUUGGUGCUUCACUUCUAACAUCCAAACUGAACUUGUCCUAUUUAUUAAAGCUGUCCAAUCAUAGGAAAUUAGCACCAGAUAAUGAAGUUGAUUUAUUUAUUUAGUUUAUAUUUAGGUACAAAUUUCAUCUUGACAUUGUCACGACAUAGAUUCCUGCAGUAUAUUCUGGUGUAACUGUUUUACAAAGUCAAACUACUACUACAAGCUGAUUAGUCGUAAAUGUACUUGCAAGUUGAAAGCCUCUGUUCAGGAUUAAUGUGAAAACGCUCUAAUUAGAAAUUGAAAAUGCAACAAGUUUUCGAUGACUGUUGAGCAUAUGUGUAUGGCUUGCAUUGUUUAUUUUUGCAAUGUACAUUGCAGAUUGUUCUUGGUGCAAGAGACUGAUGCUAAUGCUAAGAUGUAAAAUCAGCAAUAGUUCAAUUAGUGUUUAGAACCAUCAUAAUUAAGCUUACAAAUUAUUUAAGAGUCUGUUUAUUAGGGGCCAUUUUUUAAGUCAUUGUGAAAGACUGAAGCGUGACCAUUAAUCUUUGUGUGUCCUCAAACCGAAAGGGCCUCGUUUUUUUCUUUCUCCCAAGUCUGUUAUGAUAGAUGUAUGUUGGGAAUUGAUACAGAUUCAUCAAAAUCUGUCAAUGAACCCAAUAGCAGUCAGCAAAAGGACUACUGUAAGUACAGUGUUGCUUAGUUUGGCAGCCUGAAAUGUUAUUUUGACAAACGUUCUUGCAAUGUUAAAGGCCUCUAAGCAGCACAACAGCAAUUAUGUGCUGGAUUAAGGCCUUCAAACUUGGUAGCAUAUAUGUUUUUGUUGUCAUUUUGCUUUUAUUGGUCAAUUUACUUUUCAACAGACAGUGUGAGCCGAAAGAGAUGUACGUUACUUUUCAUCCAGUAAAAUGUUUUGAGAGAAAAAAAAACUU